UAUUACAUAAAUAAACGGAAUUAAGUUUCAGAUUUAUUCUACUGAGUGAAUUUUUUUGUUGUUGCCAACAAGCUUCAGAUUCAGUCUACUCUACCCUUUUUUUGUUUUUGUCUUGUUGGCAUGGGGACGUGUUUGGCUGUACCCCUCUCUACUGCUUUGCCACGUUUUCCCUAGUCAAGAAGAAUAAUACAAAAAGGGGGAAAAGUUGUUAGGUUGCUGGGUUUCUAAGAAGCUGAGAAGAUUCUGCAAGGUGUAAAGGAAGAGGUUGGCUAUCCCAACAAGAAACUAGUUCUUGCAAGCUUCAGUCGAAGAAGUAAUUGACGCUCCAAAGUGCCCAUAUAAGACUUCUGGUCCAAAUCUAAUUCGUUGUGUCCCAAAAAGCCCAUAGAAUUUGGUAUAAAACUUCCAAGAACCCUACUGUCGUUCUCCACAAAGACAUGGGUAUAGUUGACGCAUCCCAAACUAUAACACCGUCUCUCAAGCAAGUUUAAUACACGAUCCAAUCACAUGCUGACCAAGUGCUUAAUUUGCCUGCCUUUCCUAUCAGUUGCGCUUGGCAUUCCCCGUUUAACUUGUUUGCUCAUAGUUUCCACUUUUUCAUCAUCUCAUCUCAGAGUCUCGGACUUAGAGAAGACCCAAAAUUCACCAAGAAACAAUUCCAAAAGCCCAAAAUAACUGAAAACCAAAAUAGAACAGACAGAGGAAAACCAAACGAGAGAAUCAGGCAACUUCAAAUUGAAGAAAGACAUGGAGCAAGAACAAGAAGCACCACCCACUUCUCCAACAUCAUCGUACACGCUAUUUCUAAAAAUUAUGAGCAAAAGGAGAACAUGGGUAUUUCUCUUUGUGCUAGUUUAUGCCAUCCUUUUAGCUUCUUCGUGGAAUUCCCUUAAAUCAAUACUUUCUUGGUACAAAUGUCAAGCCCAACCAUCUUCUGCUUCUUCUGGCUGGCCUGCCCUCUAUGCAUCUGUUCUUCUUGGUGUCGUUUUUGGGCUGCUUUCUAUGAUUGCAGCUCUGGCUGUGGCUGUGCCAGCAACUUUGGUUACCUGGAUAACUGUUGUGGUUUUGCUUUCUUUCUUUGGCAAACCAAAGAGGACCUUGGUGCUUGAAGGAAGGAAGAUUACAAGAGAGAUCGCUGGCUUUGUGUUCAAGAUUUUGUUGAAGGAAGGGAAUCUUGUAGCUGCUGUUUGUGCCGUUUUAGGGUACUUUGCACUUGUCAGGAAGAAUUCUGUGUUCGGUACAUGCAACAAACCUAAUUGUUCGACCAUCUAUUUACAAAACCUUCGCCUGCGGUACGUGUGCAUUAAUCAUAACUGUAUAAGAUGUUUAUUUCCACUCAUCAACAUUGAUGUUAAAGAUGGCUGAAAGCAAUUCCUCUGAGUUAUCGCCCUCGUGGCUUCCAAACAUGUACAACAUCAAAUAAAAGGGAUGGUAAGAAAUGCAAGGCAGAAUGUAGCAGUUGUCUGAGCAACAGUGGAAAAAAGAUUGAUGCAAGCAUGACAAGAAAAAUCAACCACAUGAAAAGGACAACACUGGCAAGUAAACUUGCUCACCACCAAAUGUAAACCAUUUCAUGAAUUAUGAACAUCAUUGUAAGUGCAACUCCUAGUAGAGGUAAUGCCAAUUUAGGAGCAAGGAACACCAAACCAAGAUCAAUUAACUGUGCCCAAAUGAGUGUAACUGCAUCAAUGAUGGAGCUAUACAUCGCUACUGUGUUGCAGAUGACAAACAGAUGGAACAUCCUUUCCACCUUCAUCAGUACUAGAUUUGUUGUCACCUCCAGGGAUUGUGAAACCAGCUGAAAAUGCCACUGUGGCAAUUAGUGUUUAGAGUAGUAAUGCUACAUUGACAUUCUCCUUGUAACUUUCGUAUUUGGAACACCCUCCUUCAAAUGAAAUUUGUCCUCUGUUUCUUAAGGGUGUUGGCUGAGAGCGUUGGGCACAGUUUAGUCUUGAGUCUACCGUGAUGAGUUUGAUCAAUGCAGCUGCUAAAAAAACAGAAUUGACAGCAGGAGAAUUGACAACAGAGGUAAAAUUGGCUGAUGCAGCUCAUAACGCAGCAAAGGUUGAGGAAGGAUGCCUGCAUGUUAACAAGCUGAAGGAGGUAGAUUCUGAAAAAAGUGAGUGAAGACGAAAAGGCUGGCAGAAGAGCAGUAGCUGAUCUAUGAGGCAAUUUGAUUGGAUCCAUGAAUUCAGUAAUAUUAGACGUGAUGUAUUGUAAAUAUAUAAGAGCCGCUUGUAACGAAAUUAGAAU